AUGGAGGUGGCCGCAAGUCGAGACUCAGCUCCUGUUGGUCCGCCAACAGGGCCUGAUGCCACAAUCACCAAUGGCGACCAAGAUCUUCUACUGGAUGAUUCGCUCAUGGACGAUGGACGUUCAAGUAGUCUGAGCGACAUCGACGAUGUCUUGGAUAAUGAACCCUCGGACUACGAAGAGUCGCCCAAGCCUGAGAAGUUAGCACCAGAGAAUGACUCUGAAGCUGAGACGGAGCGCAUCGAAGAUUCCCCGAAUCAUUUUCGCAGAACCAACAUUGUCGUGAGCAGUUAUGGCCCUAGCCCCAGCAAAUUGGCCCAAUCGACGACGUACGAUGACGCCGAGGACGGGGACAACCAAAUUGAGGAUUCACCAAGCAAGCCUCGCUCCAAGCCCAACGGAAUCCUUGAAUCAGCCGAAGACAUACUUGGUUUGGAAGACUCUACAUUAUCCGAAGGUACGGGAAAGAAGCGCAAACGACCCGAAUCUGGCGCGGAUCUGGAAGGCGACACGGGUGACGAAGACGAACCGCCUCAGAAGCGCCGCGGGUCGGUGAAGAGUGAAUUGAGCGACCCUCCGGCAGAUGACAGUGCGCUGUCUCCGGAGCCCAUUGAAGAAGUGAUUAAAGCGAACGAGGAAGAUACCCCGGCCGAUGACCUUCCCGAGUCUGACCUACCCACGGCGCCCGCGAAAAACAGAAAAGGCAAGAAGGGAAAGCGAAAAGGACGAAAAAUACGCGAUACGGCUGAUGAUGACCUGGAUAGUGGUGCCCUCGAGACGGGCGCGGAGGGUCCUGCGGACGAUGGCGAUGACGAGAAUAUUGAACGUGGAGAGGACGCCGACGAUGGGGAAGCAGCCGCCAAGCUCGAGGAAGAAUCAGCUAAGAGGAUGUCCGCAAUGGAAUCUUUAACGAUCCUUGAAAAGGAAUUCGCAGCCCUGCGUGAUAAGAUAUAUGACGAAAGGAUAUCCAAAUUGAAUCGAGAAUUGGAAAUGCUUACUGGCCCCAACCCGACUCACCCUGAAUACCUGCGUCAGCUUGAGUGUGUUAAACGACACCGUGAUGCAAAGAUAAAAUACGAACACACCUUGUUCCAGUACCGAAUCCAAGCUCUCAUGAACAAGAGUCUGGCAGAGCGUGCUCAGACCCAUAGCACGUACUUCCAGCGAGUUCGGGACAUUCGGGAGAAACACUCAAGUGCUGUCAGCAAGCAAUUUUACGCUAUUCAGCACGAUCGGUUCAAGACAGAAGAUCUCAGUGCGCAGCACUACAUACCUUUUCCCACCCGGCGUUCACAGCAAAUCGCCCACCAAACAGCUUACAACCAAGAAGUGUCCAUCAUGGCUGGCGUCGCCAAAUACGUGGGAUUCCCAGCGGCACCUUCAUUGGCACCUGCGCGACCGUCUGAACUCGAAGAAGAUUUGGAGAAGAUGGGGAUUUCCUUCGAGACCAGGGCACCUACUUCACACCCUUCGACGAACCUACCACGUGGAGCCAUGCCAGCCAUGUCCUCAAAUGCCUUUCGUACAGCUGCGGAGGAGGCCUUCCUUGAGCAGACUCCUUGGGCCAAUCCGCAGCACCCCAUUCACCAUCACCACCAUCACCACCACCAACAACAACAACAACAGCAUCAAAUCCCGCCGGGGCCGCAGAAUCGAGUUUUUGAGAACCCACAUGCCUCGUCAUUCACGACUCCAGCCGCUCAGAAACGAGUGGUCGAUAUUAAUGCUCCCAACGGCUCGGCCUCCACGAUAGCGGAGAAUCUGUCGGCUGCAAAUUCCUCGGCGAAUAACACGCCGUAUGGAGCAGAACAGGAGCAUCAGCACCAUGGUCUUGCUCAUUUUGGUGUUCCCGACUAUGAUGCGGAUCGCAAAUCCGGAUAUCGAUCACUAAGCUCUUCCCCGCUCGAUGUGCGAAAACCGCACCCGGCGUAUGCUACCCUCGAUCAUCGUGCUUCCCAAACCACAUCGUCUCGAAAUCCCGCCUUUUCACCGCAACCCGCCCGUCUGGGGCUUUUCCAAUCGAAUGUUUCAAAACACGAUUCUUCGCCUCCUCUCUCUUCGAAACAAGUCAAUUCCAUGCACCCAUCGUCUGGGAUACUGACUGGCUCUGGCUCUAGUCAGAUGACAGCUCGAUAG